AUGAUCAAAUCACGUUUUCAAAAAUAUGUGGCACUUUUUGCCCUCCUUGUCCUUGGUGUUGAUGCUCUGGACACAUUUAUUGCUGCAGUGUAUGAGCAUGCUGUUAUAUUACCAAACAGAACAGAAACACCUGUAUCAAAAGAAGAUGCUUUGCUCCUAAUGAACAGGAACAUAGACGUUUUGGAGAAAGCCGUAAAACUGGCAGCUAAGCAGGGUGCACAUAUCAUUGUGACUCCAGAAGAUGGGAUUUAUGGCUGGGUUUUCACAAGAGAGACCAUUUACCCCUACUUGGAGGAUAUCCCAGACCCCAAAGUGAACUGGAUUCCAUGUAGAGACCCCCAUAGGUUUGGUCACAGUCCAGUGCAAGAAAGGCUCAGCUGCCUGGCCAAGCACAACUCUAUCUACAUUGUGGCAAAUACUGGGGACAAGAAGCCAUGCAAUGCCAGUGACCCUCAGUGCCCUGCUGAUGGCCAUUACCAGUACAACACUAAUGUGGUGUUCGAUUCUGAUGGUAAACUAGUGGCACGCUACCAUAAGUACAAUCUUUUUGCACCUGAAAUUCAAUUCGAUUUCCCCAAGGAUUCAGAAUUUGUGACUUUUGAGACUCCUUUUGGGAAGUUUGGCAUUUUCACUUGUUUUGAUAUUUUUUCCCAUGACCCAGCUGUGGCUGUGGUGGAUGACUUUAAGGUGGACAGCGUAGUGUACCCCACGGCCUGGUACAACACACUGCCCCUCCUCUCGGCUGCCCCCUUCCACUCAGCCUGGGCCAGAGCCAUGAGAGUCAAUCUCCUCGCUGCAAACACUCACAACACCAGCAUGCACAUGACAGGGAGUGGCAUCUACGCACCAGAAGCAGUCAAGGUGUACUACUAUGACAUGGAAACGGAGAGUGGACAGCUGAUGUUAUCAGAAUUGAAGUCCAGGCCUUGCCGUGAACCUGACUACCCAGAAGCUGUUGACUGGAGCGCUUAUGCCAGAAAUAUCAAGCCAUCUCCACAUGAGCAGUCAGAUUUUCCAGGAAUGAUUUAUUUUGAUGAGUUCACCUUCACUGAGCUUAAGGAAAACACAGGAAAUUACACAGUUUGCCAGAAAGAUCUGUGUUGCCACUUAACUUAUAAGAUGUCUGGUAAGAGAACAGAUGAAGUGUAUGCCGUAGGUGCUUUCGAUGGACUGCACACAGUAGAAGGCCAAUAUUACCUACAGAUAUGCACAUUGCUGAAGUGUCAAACCACUGACUUGAAAACUUGUGGGGAGCCUGUGGGGUCAGCGUUUACCAAGUUUGAAGACUUCUCCCUCAGCGGCACAUUUGGGACAAGUUAUAUUUUCCCACAGAUUGUUCUAAGUGGGAGCCAACUUGCCUCUGAGAGACAUUAUGAGGUUUCAAGAGAUGGUCGUUUGAAGAGCCGAAGUGGAGCCCGUUUACCUGUCCUAGUCUUGGCUCUGUAUGGAAGAGUGUUUGAGAAGGACCCUCCACGCUUAGGGCAGGGGCCUAAGAAGUUACAAUGA